AUGAAUAUAAAUAGAUCCCUGUUAGACUUCUAAACGUUUUCGCCAUGUACUGACUUGUUUCCCCCAACGUUUCACCAAAUCUGUUUCACCAAAUCUGCAUCUCUCAUUGGAGGAGGGACAGAAAUAGACUCCCUCGCUGCAGCCAAUCAAAGUGCGCCCUAAACAUGCAUUCUUCCCCAACGAUUGGCCAACCUCCUCGCGCUGAUAGUCCUCUUUAUUAUCUCACUGUUGUAAAAGUUUCUUUCUAUUGCCGGAGGAAGAUUCUUUACCUCUCCAGAUCAUCAGAUACAUAGGUGAGACAUGCCUGCGGUCCCCUCCCUUAAAGACAGCAGCGUCCUGGGUCCUAUCGGCCCUGUGUGCCCGCACGCUGCCAGGCUACGCGUCACCAACGGCAAUGGGGAUGCCAAUGGAUCCUCCAAGAUCCAGGAAGGGCCGUUACAACUCCCAACCAAGGGGGGCGUCAGAGACAAGCUAGAGGUGGAGGACGUGACUGGAACCAUCCAGGCGGUGGGGGAGAGGAAGUGGAUCCGUCCCGACCUGCCCAGCCGGUGCACCUGGAGACUGGGGGGCAACCACGCCGACUCCCCCCACACCCAUCCUCAACAGACCAAAGCUCCUAAAAUCCUCACCGACAUCCUCCGGAGGAUCGGUGACACCCCGCUGGUGCGCAUGAACAAGAUCCCCAAGACCUUCGGCCUGAAGUGUGAAAUCUUGGCCAAGUGUGAGUACUUCAACGCGGGCGGCAGUGUGAAGGAUAGGAUCAGUCUGCGUAUGGUGGAGGAUGCAGAGAGGGCAGGACAUCUCAAACCAGGAGACACUAUCAUAGAGCCCACCUCAGGGAAUACAGGUAUCGGUCUGGCCCUGGCUGCAGCUGUGAAGGGUUACCGCUGUAUCAUUGUCAUGCCUGAGAAGAUGAGCAUGGAGAAGGUGGAUGUUUUGAGAGCCCUGGGCGCAGAGAUCGUCCGUACGCCCACCAGCGCUCGUUUCGAUUCACCAGAGUCUCACGUGGGCGUGGCUUGGCGUCUGAAGAACGAGAUCCCCAACUCUCACAUCCUGGACCAGUACCGUAACCCUAGUAACCCCCUGGCCCACUAUGACACCACAGCAGAGGAGAUACUGGAGCAGUGUGAUGGGAAAGUGGACAUGCUGGUGGCAAGCGCUGGCACAGGCGGCACCAUCACUGGCAUUGCCCGCAAACUGAAGGAGAGGUGCCCCAACAUCAAGAUCAUCGGUGUGGACCCUGAAGGCUCCAUCCUGGCUGAACCAGAGGAGUUGAACAAGACAGACAAGACCCAGUACGAGGUGGAGGGCAUCGGAUAUGACUUCAUCCCCACUGUACUGGACAGAUCAGUGGUGGAUAGCUGGUACAAGUCUAACGAUGAGGAGUCCUUCAACAUGUCCCGUAUGCUGGUCAGAGACGAGGGCUUGCUGUGUGGUGGCAGCUCGGGCACGGCCAUGGCAGCGGCGGUGAGGGUGGCCAAGGACCUGAAGGAGGGCCAGCGAUGUGUGGUCAUCCUGCCAGACUCCAUCCGCAACUACAUGACCAAGUUCCUGAGUGACAAGUGGAUGUUCCAGAAAGGCUUCCUGAAGGAGUCAGACAUCAUGGUAAACAAACCCUGGUGGUGGAACCUGAAGCUGCAGGGGUUGAACCUCUCUGCCCCUCUGACCGUCCUGCCCACGGUCAGCUGUCAGAAGACCAUCAAGAUCCUGAAGGAGAAAGGCUUUGACCAGGCCCCUGUAGUGGACGAGGCUGGGCUGGUCCUAGGAAUGGUUACUUUGGGGAACAUGCUGGCCUCUGUGCUGGCUGGGAAGAUUAAACACUCAGACCCAGUCAACAAGGUGAUCUACAACCAGUUCAAACAGAUCCGUUUGACUGAUAACCUGGGGAAGCUGUCUCGUAUCCUGGAGACGGACCAUUUUGCCCUGGUGGUACACGAACAGAUCCAAUACUUGACGGACGGCUCCCCCAGCCUGAAGCAGAUGGUGUUUGGUGUGGUGACGGCCAUCGACCUGCUCAACUUCGUCACAGCCAGGGAGAAGAGGGAGGGGUCCUUCUCUGAGUGCAGUGACCUGUGACCUUGUCCCUGUGACGGCUGGGUCAUGUGCGCACAAACACCUCGUGUACACACACCUCAUGUACACACACAUGGAACACAUUAAUUUACACACACAGCUCACGACCAUACACAAACACACUGUGAUAUUAAUGACAAUAUAAAGAAUAUGAGGUCGUAUGAACUUGAUUGGUGGACAAACUGCUGUUGCUGCUUUCUCAUGACAUGUGAGUCAUUUAGCAGAUGCUCUUAUCCAGAGCGACUUACAGAUAGCGAGUACAUACAUUUUCAUACUGUUCCCCCCCAACUGGUCCCCCGUGGGAAUCCAGCCCACAACCCUAGUGUUGCAAACACAAUGCGUUCAUAUGAAAGUCUUAAAUCUUUGCUAUAUUUUGCUAGCUUGAUCAUAGAAUGUAGACACUGUCUACAGAGGGAAUUGCCAUGUUGCUCUGUAAUGUUUAUUCAAAUGAUCAGACUGUACACCUUUCCAUGUACUGAAUCAAUAAUUGUGAAACCAAUCUUUACUGAAAAAAAAACAGUUUUAAUUGUGAAAACAUCAAUCAACGCAUUUCAACGCUAUGCAUAAUGACAAAUAAGUAUUUUACUGUGAUUGUAUUCAAUUAAAACAAGUAGCUUCUUAGCAAAGAGCAAUUUCUCAAGCAAGACUUUAGCUAGGACAGUGGGUGUGGUCUGAGUGGGGAGGGGAAAACUCAAAACUAGCUGUUAUUGGAAGAGAGGAUUGGAACAUUUUGCUGUUGGUCUAUUAAAAAAUGUAUCGCAUGAUGUCAUCAUGGAAAGUCAAACCUGCUGAUUAGAAGGUCCUGUGUAGAUUGCAUUUUCAACCAGCAACUAUCAGGAAAUAACACUAAUCAAAUUUCUUCACAUUUUUACAGUGUUAGUUUCAUCAGCUGUAUGAUAUAAAACACAGGAAAAACUGCAUUUUCAGUUUUUCCUGUGUUUAUAUGCUGUCGCAACAAAACAGGCUGGAAUUUCAGGCGGUCUUUUCAAACAGCUCUUACACUAAAAGGGCAUCGUAAUUUUCGAAAUUUAAAUUUGAGUUAUUUAGCAGACGCUCCUAUCCGAGUGAUUUACAGUUAUGAGUGCAUACUUUUUCAAUCAAUCUAAUGUAUUUAUAAAGCUCUUUUUAUAUCUGUAGAUGUCACACAGUCCUUAUACAAAAAACUCAUAGAGCAAGCAAUGCAGAUGUAGAACAUAUGAAUUGUACCGUACUCUUCAACGUCAUGCUUAAUGAAAAAUCUGAGGUUUUGUUCUGGAAUGGUCAAAUAUGUCUAGCUAGUAGCGACCAAAAUAUCAUUUUUUACAAAUAUGUCCUGCUAGUAAGUACCAAAAUAGCCUUUUUGACAAGAUCAUAUGAAAUGAAAUAGUAUGAUUGAUAUGCCAGUAUAAUACAAGGUCAGAGAUCAUUUGGAGUGCCAACAAUGUUUUUGCUUUUCACUUUGGAUGUAUCAGAGUAAAAAGUGUUAUCGGGAUUUGUGUACUAUAAAAUCACUUUAUAAUCUAAUGAAAAAUAAAGUUGUUAAAACAUCUCUGAAUUUA